AAUCAUUAGUGCUUUGAGCUCUAGUUUUUUUUUUUUCGUUUUGCCACAACAACAAAAAAAAAAAACCACAAAUCAGAAAUCACCAUAUGCAAACCUCAUCAGAAAACCCACAACAAUGCGACUUCAAACUCGGCCAACGAGUCCACUGGACCGGAGACCCUCAUCGGAUCGGCACUGUGAAAUACAUAGGUCCAGUUUCCGGCUAUUCCGGCACCUGGGUCGGCGUCGAUUGGGACAACCGUGACGGCAAACACGACGGAUCAGUUAAUGGCGUUCGCUACUUCAAUGCCCAGUUCCCCAAUUCAGCUUCUUUUGCUCGCCCACAUAAUUUAAGCUCAGGGGUAUCAUUAUUACAAGCUUUAGAUAUGAGAUACCGUACUAGUUCAACUAAAGAAGAAUUGGAUGAAAUGUAUGUAUUUUCUGCUAGUAAUAAAAAGGUGAAUGUUCAGUUGGUGGGUAAAGAUAAGAUUGAAGAUAUAUUGGGGAGGUUUGAGGAGCUGCCGGGUGCUGCUUUGUCGUAUUUAGGGGUUAGUUCUGCUGGUGAUCCUGUUGAAAUUAGUAAAACUUUACCAAAUCUAAAGGAGCUUGAUUUAACUGGAAAUCUGCUUUCCGAGUGGCAAGAUGUUGAUGCCAUCUGCAGUGGGUUGCCAGCUCUUACAGCACUUAAUAUGACAACCAAUAUGAUGUCAAAUUCUGUCGUGGGAGUCUCUCACCUAAAGAAUCUACGGCUUUUAGUUAUAAACAACACUACGAUAAAUUGGUCUCAGGUUGAAGUACUUAAAGAGUCACUCCAAGCCAUCGAAGAACUGCAUCUAAUGGGAAACAAGAUAAGGGAGAUAACGCCUACGUCAUCCAAAGUUGUACAAGGGUUUGACUCUCUGCGUAUUCUAAAUUUAGAAGAUAACUAUAUUGCUGAUUGGGGUGAAAUCUUGAAGCUUUCUCAACUGAAAUGUUUGGAGCAGAUUCAUUUGAAUAAGAAUAACAUAGAACACAUUUGGUACCCCUCCACAGAUGAACUAUCAUGUAACCCUUUCCAAAGUUUGCGCUGCCUUCUUAUUGGAGGUAAUAAAAUUGAGGAUGUAGCUUCCAUCGAUACACUAAACUUGUAUCCUGCCUUAGUGGAUAUCAGGUGUUCUGAGAAUCCAGCAACAGAUCCAAAGAGAGGAGGGGUUGCAAGAUUUGCUUUGAUUUCCCGCUUAGCCAAAGUUAAAGUAUUAAACGGGAGUGAGAUUACCCCUCGAGAGCGCAAAGACUCUGAGAUACGGUAUGUACGCUUGGUAAUGUCAAAACCGCAUCAAAAUUUGGAAGAGAUCAAGAGGCUUCACCCAAGAUUCAUCGAGCUUAGAGCUUUCUAUGGGAUUGAGGAUGAAAGGCCUUCAAAUGGUCCAUCAGGCCCUCAGAAAAUGGCUUCUGGACUUAUCACUGUUACUCUGAAGUGUGUUGGACCAUCAAUUGCUGAAAAAAUUCCGUUAACUAAAAAACUGCCAGCAACCACCACUGUUGGCAAGCUUAAGACUCUUUGUUUGAGCUUCUUCAAAUUGAAGUUCUUCAAGCCAUUAUUAUAUCUUCAAGAAGAGGGUUCGCCACUACCUACACUGCUUGACGAUGACAUGUCGUCUUUGAAUGAUGCGGGUGUUUGCAACCAAUCAACCAUUCUGAUUGACGAGGAGAACUAAGCAGUUACAUCCAUGAACGGUUCCACAUUCUUGCUUUGCGCGACUCAUAUUUUAUUGAAGGGAAGAAUGUGCCUUGUACACAUGACAUGAACUACUCGCCCCAUGACUUAUAUUACACUGUUCAGGGUAAGAAGUGCCUACUUAGUGGACAUUAGGUGCCACCGUGCCAGCAAGUGAUAUGGUUGCUUUUGCUUUGUUAUAUUUCAUUUGGGUUGUUAAGCAAGUGACAUGGGCAUAUGGACAACACUGCAGACGUUGAUUUGUCUAUGUAUCAACUAUUAAGGGCAAUAUAUAUAUAUAUCCCCUGCAUGUUUUUUGUAUCAGCAGAAGGGAUACUGCUUGUUUGAA